AUUCUCAGGGCAGGCUAAUAUUACGUGAAAAUGGGAAAAUCAUACUACCAUUCGAACACUUUGCUAAUGCAGUAAUGUUAAAACACAUGAACGGACCACACGGCUUGCAUUUGGGAGUAGAAGCAACAGUUCGAGCUGUUAUGGAAUCAUAUACAAUUGGGAGAGAAAACUUUGGAAUGGAAAAGGAUUUCAUCAUAGAAGUGGUACAAAAUUGUCCCAAUCCAGCUUGCCGUUACUACAAAAAUCAAAUGGAACUCACUCAGAAAACUUUACAGCAUUUAGCUCCAAGUUACUUAGGAGAAGCACAACCACCAAACAAUCCUGAUAUGAGAAAUAGAUUGAGUGCAGUAGACUUAACUGGUCAAAGUAAUCUGGAGGUGAAACCAAAUCCGCCAAUGCUGGAAAGACCAAAAUCUGUAGCUCCCACUCAACAGCAGAUCACUGCUGCUCUCAUUCAACAACAAAAUCGUGUUAUCGCCCAACAGAAUAUCGACAAGCUGAAUGCAAAUCUUGAGAAACAACGUCAACAGAUGCAGUUACAGCAACAGAUUGAUAUGGCGAAAGGUCAGCAGAAACAACAUUUCGAUGUGCCCCUGAUGGAUCACAAGCUGACAGAUUUUUUGAGAGCUAAUUUGGAAAAUUUAGAGGGAUUUUCUGCAGCAAAUAAGGAUUUGCUGGCACUACACAAUGGUGCUUGGGCACCUGCACCCGCUAUGUCUGCUCCAACAGAUAAUAAAAACAUUGGUGAAGGGGGGCAAGAGAAGAUUGUUAGAGCAUUUGCUGAGGUGAUGAAAAACAUGUCCCGUAUGAAAACUUAUGUUCGUCCGGCCAUGUGCAAGCCUUAUGGAAAACAAUCAGAGGCUUUACAAAAAACUCUCAUGGAUACCGUUCAACUGAUUCAAUCGCUGCGUAGCUUCUUGCCUCCUCCGCACAUUCAGGUCAGUUCUUGGAAAAACGAGGAUAAACAUCGCUUCGAAGAAUCCUAGAUGAUCCAUUCUUUUAAUAAUGUUGCAGUUGAGAAAUAAUGGAGGCAUGUAAUAUCUUUGAGGAAGUUGUAGGGUAAUGAUGGGAAGCAAAAUUGGAAAGCAAGUAUUUGCUGAGAACUUAAAAUUCAUAGAUAGAAUAUUUUUACUAAAUUGCUCAAGGUGCAUUGCAAAAUAUUUCAGAAUUAUUUUUUGAAAACAUAAUGAAUUCUUCCUAAUGCUUCAAAAUCAAUCAUUAAACGGCUCGAUAUUGUUUGUACCAUACUGUUACAUUCAGAGGUUUAAGGUUGUUCCUCUAAACUAGUCUAAACAAUGAUUUACUCAUCAUUUUCAUGAAACUGUAGGAAUAAUUUCAUUUCCGUAUGGUUUCAACUGUUUCAUUCUCAAGAUACAUAUUCCAUAAGAAAUAAUUCCAUAGAAAUAGUUUAAUGAGGGAUUAACGGAAAAUGGCACAAGAAUUCUUGAAAAAAUAUUGGACGGAACGGCACAGGCUUUCUGUUUAGUCACUGGGGUUGUCCAGAGGAAAGUAUUUAUUAUUCAAUCUUGUUUCUAUUGAAGACAAUAAUAUUCCGAAUGUAAUUCCAAGAUUCCCAAAAAAUUGCACUAAAUAAUAGUUUAACCGAACCCAUCAACCACAAAAGGAAGUUUAUAUAAUUUAGUUUAUAAUUUUUUCACAAAAAAAUAUAUGAUCUGGUUUGAUAGAGAGUAUUCAAUGGAGACACCGGUUCAGGUAUGAGUGUACCAAAAGCUUUUGCGAUUUUUAAUUCUCCAUCUUUAUUCAAAAAAAUGUGGGAAAUUUCUGAAGGAGGCAGAAAGCAAUCGACUUUGGAAAUAAGACCUUUUUUUCAUUCAUAAUCUCGAAUAUCAUGCAAUAUAAUUCAGGCUACACACAAAAUGUAUGGAUUGUUUAACAACCAAGGUAUGCAGGAGGAAGGAAAUAAUGCUGUUAAUUUGGUAAACAUAGAAAUCAUCAAGUUUUCGACCUUGAAAUAUAAUGAAAAAGGAUCUCAUGAAAUUUACAUCACUCACUACCAAAUUGAAUAAAAGAUACUUGAAUACUAGAUAACUGUACAAAAAUUCCUUUCGACCAGAUGUUUUUCUUGCAAGAAUUUAUCGGGUGGAAGGUGGAUUCAUAGUAAGUGGCUUGGGGCUUAAUUAAAAUAGCCUAUCAAGAACAUGAGGUUUAUUUUAUGACCUCAGUAGUCACUGCUAUUGUCUAGUUGUGAACUCCAGGCAUCAGCAG